AUGCCUUCCUGGAAUCUUCAGCAUAAGAUUAUUACCACAAGUGACAAGCGUGAACUCGAUUCAAAGAACGCACCUAAUCAUCAGAGACACCGUGGAGGUCUGGGAUACACGAACCUUCAACUUGAACGUGAAUGCGUCCAAGAUGUCGCAGUCAACAUGCGGAAACAUCCGCAUAUUGUUGGAAACGUUGAUUUCCUAACUGGGACUUUUAUUUCUCCUUCGCGUUUACUGGUCAGCUGGUGCACCUUUGAUAAGUACCAGGCAAAGAUAAACCUGGGAGCGCAACGUCUCACUCCCACACCUGGCGCUACGAUAGCCAUGUUGCUCUCGUAUCUUGCUCAUCGUCGUGCAUGUCGUCAAAAGCAGUCUGAGCGUGACCAGCGCAUUCGCUCGCUACCAGCUAUCUACCACGAACCGUUAUCGUCGACAGACGCCAGUAUUCUUUCUCUUCCCAUCUCAUCUCUAGUGCAAGGCGUCCAGUCGUCGUCGCUCCUCCCUUCCUCCAUCCUGACAGCGUAUACUAAAAAGGCUCUUCUAGCCCACAAAUACACAAACUGCCUCACAGAAAUCCUCAUAUCAGACGCCGAGUCAUGGGCUCAACAAGUAUCCACCUCCACAAACAAGCUCCGUCGACCUCUCGCUGGUGUACCAGUCAGCUUGAAAGACAUGGUUGCAGUAGCAGGAUACGAUGCUUGUAUGGGCUAUUCGCCUCUCGUUAACCAUCCUAUGCCCUUCCACGGUGGUCUUGUUCAGCUGCUUCUUGACGCUGGCGCAGUACCAUACGUUAAAACGAAUAUUCCAACUACAAUGUUGUCCCUUGAAUGUGCGAACGAGGUGUGGGGCAGAUCAACCAACCCAUGGAAGGUUGGGUAUGGUCCUGGUGGGUCAAGUGGAGGAGAAGGUGCCUUGCUAGCGUACGGUGGAUCCAGAAUUGGGGUGGGUACAGAUGUAGCGGGCUCAGUGAGGGCUCCAGCUCAUAAUUCCGGUGUAUACUCCAUCAAAUCAUCCAUGUUUCGUUUCCCGAAAACAGGUAGCGCAAGCAGUAUGCCCGGCCAGGAAGGCGUACCUGCAACACACAGUCCAAUGGCUAGAACAUUAGAAGACUUGGAGUACUUCUGGAAGGCAGUAAUGGAGAUGAAGCCAUGGGAGUAUGAUCACUCUGCCAUAAUUCCUCACUGGCCACGAAAAGCUAGCUACAUCCUGUUGAACUCAGCUGACACUUCUGACAAGGUACUCCACAUCCCCUGGCGAGAGGUCACGCUACCAGAGAAUCGACCAAUUAGAUGGGGCGUUAUAUGGGAUGACGGUGUAGUUGCUCCCUCUCCCGCAUGUCGCCGUGCACUCAAAAUGGUCACUGAUGUACUAACCAAGAAUGGGCACGAGGUAGUCGAUAUCUCCCCGCCCUCUCCCUUUCAAGCACUACACCUCGCUUCCCAGCUCCUCAUCGCAGAUGGUGGCGAAACCGCCAGCCGUCACCUCAAAACAAGGGGAUACUGGUUACUUUGGAGUGGAUUGCUAUCGUGGCUUGACGACGGUCUUUUAGGUGGAAUUGCAAGAGGAUUCGGAACAAUUGCUUCUAUCCUCUUGAAAGUCUCAGGCACCAACUCCCUCAUGAGGUUAUUGGGUCUUAAAUCUACCGUUAGGAUUGAUGGCGGCACAACCGACGUGUGGACAAAGAUCACUGUAAACGAUCCCGGGAUGAUACAGGGUUUCUUCCUCUUCGCAUUACCUCGAUUCGUGAAGUACACUUACGCACUCUGGCUCAGGAUUUGGGGAGAUGAGACAAGUGCUACACUUUUAACGUCACUUACUCACAAAACCAUACCUGAGUACUGGGCCCUCAUAUCCCAGAGGGAAGCUUAUAGGGCCCGAUGGUUCGAAGCAUGGAGGACUGGCUUUGGGGUCCAGGGCUGGCAAUCGAGUCAACCAGAGGGCCGAGACAAGAAACUAGGAGGACGCUUUGAUAGUGGCCCCGACUUCAUUCUCACGGUCCCUAACGCUCUUCCAGCGCUUCCUCACGGAGGGAUGAAAGAUGGGUGGAAAGCGUGUGGAUAUACCUUUAUGUUCAAUCUGUUGGACUACACAGCUGGCGUCCUCCCUAUCACUCACGUCGACAAGGCUCUAGAUGCCCUUCCUGCGCAUACAUUCAGAGCGCGUAACGGGAUCGAGCGCUCGAACUACAAAAUGUAUGAUGCUUACUCCAUGCAUGGGCUUCCAGUCGGCGUACAGGUCAUCGGGAAGCGAUUGGAAGAGGAGAAAGUGAUGGAAGGCAUGAAAAUCGUGCAGAAGCUCAUGAAAGAGGCGGGGAUGGAAUAUCAACUUUUGAAUGCUUGA